ACAUACAUCUCCGAUCAUUCAUAUCCAUGGCCUCAUAGAUCUAAUGCAAUUGAUAAUUGAAGAUUUAAGGCGCAUCAACAUCUGGGGCCUAUUAGAGUAUCAUUAAAGAGUCCAUAUUUCUCUCAUGGCUCCAGAGCAAGGUACAAUUCCUGUGGUAGACUUUGGUGCAUGGUCGAAGGGCUCGACAGAAGACAAGAAACGCAUUGGCGGGGAGCUAACUGACGCAUGCCGUCGGGUUGGCUUCGUAUACAUUGUCAACCAUGGUGUAUCGAGUGAUUUACUCGAGGAGGCAUUUGAUUGGUCGAGGAAACUUUUCGAUCUUCCUCAAGAAAAGAAGAUGAUGGCUCCUCACCCACCAGGCCCUACUGUCCACCGAGGAUAUUCGUGGCCAGGUCUAGAGAAAGUGUCGCAGGAUAUCAUCAAGGAUGGCGAUGAAAUAAAAGAGGCCGAGAACCGAAAAAUAUCAGAUUUUAAGGAGAGCUAUGAAAUUGGUAGCGAAGAGUCUAAAACACAGCCGAAUGUCUGGCUACCCGGAGACGUCCUCCCUGGCUUUCGCGAAUUCACGAUGCAAUUCUACUGGAAAUGUUUCGGGGUAGCGAAAGAUUUGUUGCGCGCUUUGGCAAUAGGCGUCGGCCUAGAAGAUGAAAACUUCUUUCUACGCUUCCAUAGUGGAAUCAACAACCAACUACGACUACUUCAUUAUCCGUCGAUUGAAGCAGAGAAGCUUUCUAACAAUGUCGUGGCACGAAUGCCGGCCCAUUCGGACUGGGGAACAAUUACGAUGCUUUUUCAGGACGACUGUGGGGGUUUACAAGUCGAGCAUCCUCAUGUGCCCGGUCAUUUUGUUGACGCGACGCCGAUGAAGAAUGCAUUAGUUAUGAACGUUGGUGAUUUGCUAAUGAGAUGGAGUAAUGACUUCUUAAAGUCGACCCUUCACCGCGUCACCCUUCCACCGAUUCAAGACAAUAUGCAAAUCGACGGAAAGUUCAUGACUAAGUCGAGGUAUUCGAUUCCUUACUUCGUCUCGCCGGAUGAGAAAUCUGUUAUCGAAUGCUUGUCCGUCUGCACAGAUGAGGAACACCCUAUCAAGUAUGAGCCGGUCGUGCAGGAAGAUUACCGGCGAAUGAGGGCUAGAGGACAGUAUGUAGAAGGGGUUGGCACUUCGGUACCAGUUUCGUAAUACCGAAAUUACGAUGUUGAAUUGAUGAGCGUCGAGCGGUACUUAACGAGAAAACUCCUAGGAAAUUGUAAUGGGAAGGCCUUACGUUGAUAAAAGGCCAAACCAAGUUGGCGGGAUUGUUAUUGGAACACGGAAUUGAACGAGCUAUCACGAAUUUCGAGAAUGAAUAACUAUAAAUAAUGUUAGACGUACUUAGGUAAUAUUGAGUACAGGCAGAUACACGUAAAUCGUGACGACCUAAUUCCCUAU